CUUCCGUUGCACAACUGACUUAAAGUUACGGAAGUUGAAUUCUCUCAACAUGGUUGUUGGAAUGUGGAGAUCGUUGUUCUCCAGCCCUUCACUUCACUCGUUCUUUUACUUUGCUGUUCUUGGUGCCGCAAUAUCAACUUCCAUUGAUGAUGAAGAUUUUAUCAGGGAGUGUAUCCGAUCUCACAACCUCUAUCGUUCGAAAGUACACCCUGCCGCAAGCAACAUGCUGUACAUGUCUUGGGAUCCGAUUCUUGCUAAAGUAGCCUUGCGAUGGAGUAAGAACUGCAAGUUUGAACAUAACAGCGACCUGAAAGUACCCGGAAAACUUCAUCCAGUAUUCACCACUAUUGGAGAAAACAUCUACGUCACAGAAGGUCUCCACAUAAAUAUUACCAGAGCAAUAACAAACUGGUACAAUGAAGUUGAGUUUUAUGAUUAUUUUUCACAAGGAUGCACACGUGUGUGUGGCCACUACACCCAGCUUGUCUGGGCGUCAAGUUACAAAGUUGGCUGUGCAUCUCAUAUCUGUCGAUCAGGAAUUGAUGGCUUCACAUCUAGCAUUUCAGUCAAUUUUGUUUGUGAUUAUGGACCAGCCGGAAAUUAUCGAACACAUCCCUAUUUAACAGGAGAAGCAUGCACUAAAUGCUCUAAAGAUCGUUGUGAGAAUAAUUUGUGCAGGAAUAGGACACUUGAGAUGUCAAGUGAUUCAGAUUCCUCAUGUGAUAAUAACUGUAUUGCUGUUUUAGCAAUAAGGCCAAUGUCUCUUAUUGUUAUUGGUGCUGGAGUAUACAUUGUACAAACAAAAUAUCCAAACAUGUUUGCUUAUCUAUAACAGAUAUCCACAUUCUACUGAUUUCAGAUCACCAUAGCUAAACAUUAGGCUUUGUGUUUGAGGGGACAGGUGGAGGUGACACUUUAUAUCAAACGACUGCUUUUUGAUGCGCAAUAAAAUGAAUUGGUUACAUAAGUUACUAGAUAAUAGAGAAAGUAUUUUCAUCAACUUCCCUGAAUAAAUAUAGUUAUAUGUUAAAACUGUAGCCUCCAAAUUCUUGAUGAGCCAAUGGAAAUACAUUGGGAUUAAAUUCCCAUCCAUUCAAUGACCCCAACAAUUUUACUGUGAGAAAUAGCAGCAUUGGGGCAAUAACAAUUUGUAUUUCCAUAGAACCUAUAAAGUCAUAAAAUGCCCUAAGGCGCUUCACUGGAACAUUACCAAACAAAAUUUGACACUGCGCCACACAAAAUAUCGGAGUAACUGACCAAAAAUCUGGAGACAGAAUGCAAUAGAUCAGGCCUGGAUGGUGGUCGGCUGAUUGAUCAUGAUGCACAAGGGCUAUCACAUCCAAAGGCCAAUUGCCUCAAAGUGAGUACUCGGGUAACAUAUGUCAGAAGGAUCCAUGAAUGGAGGGGUGCAACUAUUGUGAUUUGUACAGGGAAAGCUACUAACAAUUUAAAUAUUGGUUAAAUGUUCAAGAUGAUGGCCAAGAAAUUAGGUCCAUGAGGUGUCAUAAUGGUUGAUUGUGGUAGUGGAUUCCAGCAUUAGAUACCAGACGGUAAUCUGCACUAGAUAGUGGGGGUGGGGGAGGGUCACCUGACCUGGGAGUUGAAGGUCAGGUAGCAUGUGUUGGAGCCUGCCUUGAUAGAAUUCAGUUACUGCAGAUAUGUGUUUAUUUGAGGCAAAUGUGUUAUCAGUAAAGUUAGCUCAGCUACAAUGUCAGUGGCCAGUGUGCAUCAUUGAAACAAAAAACAAGACAUGUGGCAGAAUGGGUAAAAGAAUGGUAAGUAAUAAAGCACAUUGCAAGUGCUGAGAGUGUGUCCAAGAAUAAUACUUGUGUUAGAAAGCAAUCAAAUACCAGAGAAACCAUGCGAGAGAGAUCUUAUUGUAUUAGUCCCGAAAGACAUUGAAGUGCAGGUAGAAGCUGCUGGUGAAUAUAUUACGCAGUAAAGCCGGGGU